AUGGCGUAUCUAGUAACGGAACGGAUUAUGGUCAAUGAUUGGUUGAAUUUCUCACGUGCUCUACUCGCCUUUGAACCUCCUAGUGACCAUCUCGUGCUUGCCACAAAUCACGUUACAAUGGCGCCGUUCAAUUUCGAAGGAAGUUUCGAAGAUGUCACAGAAAAACAGUUGGAAUUUAUCAACAAAGUAAUAGAAGAACACGGUUUUAAAGGCAGUAAAGUGACAUUUGCCGCAGCAGGAGCAGUGGGUGACAACUAUGCUGCAAAUGUAAAAAGAAUCAAAGUAGAAGGAGAAAAAGGAACUCUAUCGAUAAUUGCCAAAAUUGCACCAAUAAAUGAAAUAGCACGAUAUCGCUUAAAUGCAGCACUUUCGUUUGGUAAUGAGCAUUUAAUGUACUCGGAAUACAUACCAAAGUUGUUGCAACUACAGAAAGAUGCAGGGGUACCAGAAGACGAACAAAUAAAGUUCCCGAAAUGCUAUGGAACAAAUAUUGAAGCUCCAAACGAAGUAAUACUAUUGGAAGACCUUAAAGUAGAAGGAUUUACUAUAAUGGACAGAAUGAAAUCUCUAUCGAACGAAUGCGUAACUAGGGUACUGAAGAACUUAGCAAUAUUUCAUUCCCUUUCAUUUGUACUAAGGAAUAAAGACCCCGAAAGCUUUAAAUAUUUCAAGGACCAUUUUGAAGAUAUGUGGGGAAAGUUGGUCGAUUUGCCUCCAGAAGAGCAGGCCUCUUUUGAGCAGAUGGAAAACGUGUCUAUCAAUAUGCUGGACGACCCUAAACAUAAAGAUAUGAUAAAGAAUAAAGUAAGUCAGAUGCCAGCAAAAACAGCGAAAAUGACAGCGUAUGAACAUGAGAGCCCAUAUUCAGUUAUUCAACAUGGAGAUUCUUGGACCAACAAUAUUUUAUUUAAGUUUGAGAUUUCCAGUCCAGCCAACGAUCUACUAUACAUGAUCUUCAACUGCACAGACCAUGAAACUAGAAUCAAUAACUAUUACAACUGGUUAGAUUACUACCACGCUGAAUUGGGAAAAUCUUUAGAGAUGUAUGGUUUCAAAGUGGAUAACGUGUAUCCUAGAAGUCAGCUCGAUGGUGAUUUGAAGAGAUAUGCUGAAUUAGCAUUUGGUUGUAAUGUCUUAAUCUCAGGUAUACUAACAGCUAAUCCUGAAGAAGCUGGUAAAUUUAAAGAUGCAUUUUCAGCUUCUGAUGCUGAUGAUAUAUCAGAAGCACUAACUAAUAUUCACGAUGAAACUGCUGUCCUUCUAAAGAAAAGACUGGUUGGGUUAAUUGAUAGUUAUAUUGCUUUCGAUUUGUUCUGA